AUGGUCCACCAAGAUUCUCACCAAGGCGGUAGCCUCUCCGAAAUGGCCGCAACUGGUACAACCAUCCCCAACGAUGCCGGCAAAAUGAACACCAUUCCCUCAGUACCUCGCCCAGACCAGCGCGCCGAGCACUUCGGCUUCGACAACGCCGGCCUCGCCGAGCCCUCUACAGCUAAGGCGGCUGACAACGACACUGACAUCCCGCGCUCGGCUCAAGAUAUUGGCCAGACCGGCGAGGUAAUCACCGGCACUGGAAACUCGCUGCCCGCUGGCGUCGAGUCCAAGCACCAUUAA